GUGGUUCUGGCAGUCAAGAUGGCGGCGGCGGCCACUCCGGCUACCCUGGAUUCUGCUCCGCGGAUCAUGCGGCUGGUGGCCGAGUGCAGCCGCUCCAGGGCUCGGGCGGGCGUGCUACGGCUGCCGCAUGGGCCAGUGGCCACUCCGGUGUUCAUGCCAGUGGGCACGCAAGCCACCAUGAAGGGCAUCACGGCCGAGCAGCUGGACGCUCUGGGCUGCCGCAUCUGCCUGGGCAACACCUACCAUCUGGGUUUGAGGCCGGGCCCGGAGCUAAUCCAGAAAGCCCACGGUCUACACGGCUUCAUGAAUUGGCCCCAUAAUUUGCUGACGGACAGCGGCGGCUUCCAGAUGGUGUCCUUGGUGUCUCUGUCCGAGGUGACUGAGGAGGGCGUCCGCUUCCGUUCCCCCUACGACGGUGAUGAGACCCUUUUAAGCCCAGAGAAGUCGGUGCAGAUCCAGAACGCCCUAGGCUCAGAUAUCAUCAUGCAGCUGGAUGACGUUGUGAGCAGCACCGUGACAGGACCACGAGUGGAGGAGGCCAUGUACAGGUCAAUCCGCUGGUUGGACCGGUGCAUUGCAGCCCAUCAACGGCCAGACAAGCAAAACCUCUUCGCCAUCAUCCAGGGUGGGCUGGACGAAGAUCUCCGUGCCACCUGCUUAGAAGAGAUGACCAAGAGGGAUGUGCCUGGCUUUGCCAUUGGUGGCCUGAGUGGGGGUGAGAGCAAAGCCCAGUUUUGGAAGAUGGUGGCUCUGAGUACCUCCCGCCUCCCUAAGGACAAGCCCCGAUACCUCAUGGGGGUAGGCUAUGCCACUGAUCUGGUGGUUUGUGUUGCUCUUGGAUGUGACAUGUUUGACUGUGUCUUCCCCACGCGGACGGCGCGCUUUGGCUCUGCACUGGUGCCCACUGGGAACCUACAGUUGAAGAAGAAGCUGUUUGAAAAGGACUUUGGUCCCAUAGACCCAGAGUGCACUUGCCCCACCUGCCAGAAGCACAGCCGGGCAUUCCUACAUGCGCUUCUGCACAGUGACAACACGGCCGCCUUGCACCACCUCACUGUGCACAACAUCGCCUACCAGUUGCGCCUGAUGAGCGACGUGCGCACCAGCAUCGUGGAGAAGCGCUUCCCUGAGUUUGUACGUGACUUCAUGGGUACCAUGUAUGGGGACCCCUCCCUCUGUCCCACCUGGGCCACUGAAGCCCUCGCUUCUGUAGGAAUCACACUGGACUGACUUGGCAUCAGGGAAGGGAGGAAGGGGCUGGAAGUUAUCAAAGGAUGUUUUUGUUUUUUGGAAAGUUUUUUAAUUCUAACUUAAA